CAAACCCUCUUAUUUUCAGUCAUUCAUGAGACCUGUAGUAACAUGUAAACAGUUUUUCUCACAGACUUGUUUCAACUCAAUUAAACAACUGCAUAAUCUUGUCAAUACUGAUCCGAUUAACACCCAGAAAUCACAUCAAAUCGCAACCAAAUCAGUAGUUUCAGCCCCUAAAAAAAGUUUGUUUUUGGACGCAUGUAAGCUGUUCGAUGAAAUGCCUCAAUGGGAUGUUGUAUCAAUCUCAACCUUGAUCAGCCAGUUAACCCGACAAAACCGACAUGAGGAAUCAUUCUACAUCUUCUCCAGGAUGCUUGAGAUGGAAAUUGAACCCACUGAAUACACAUUAGCAUCUCUCAUUCACGCGUCCACCGCUAUGAAGAAUCUUAAUAUAGGGAAGCAACUCCAUGCUUUCUCAAUUAAAACAAGCUUGAACUCGAACGUAUUUGUGGGUAGUGCUGUUUUAGAUCUUUAUGCUAAAACAAACACAAUUGAAGAAGCCCAAAUGGUGUUUGAAGAUACACAUAACCCAAAUGUGGUUUCUUACACAGCUUUAGUAUGCGGGUACAUCAAAAACGAGAGAUUCGACGAUGCGUUAAGAAUCUUUAGAACAAUGCCCGAGAAAAACGUUGUGACUUGGAACGCGAUGAUCGGAGGGUAUAGUCAAACGGGUCAUAACGAGGAAGCUGUAAACCUGUUCAUUGAUAUGUUGAGAGAAAACGUUGUACCGACACAGAACACUUUUCCGUGUGUCGUUUCUUCAGCUGGAAACAUAGCAGCCCUUAAUAUGGGGAAAAGUUUACACGCGUCGGCUAUUAAAACUUUGGUUAACGUCGGUGUAUAUGUUGGUAAUUCGUUAAUUAGCUUUUACUCAAAAUGCGGCAGCAUGGAAGACGGUUUGUUGGUUUUCAACAAACUUGGUGAUAAAAAUAUCGUUUCUUGGAAUGCGAUGAUAAACGGGUAUGCUCAAAACGGACGAGGUAAAGAAGCGAUUGAAUUCUAUCACCGUAUGCAAGUAAAAGGGGUCAAACCGAAUUCAGUAACCCUUCUCGGGUUAUUAUUUUCUUGUAACCAUGUGGGUCUUGUAGACGAAGGUUACGCGUUCUUUAACGAGGCUCGUGUCGAGAACCCUGGUUUACUUGAGCCAGCGCAUUACGCGUGCAUGGUGGAUUUGCUUGCUCGCUCGGGCCGGUUCUCGGAAGCUGAGAGGUUUAUUCAAGAUUUGCCGUUUGACCCUGGGAUUGGGUUUUGGAAAGCUUUGCUUGGUGGUUGUCAGAUUCAUAUGAAUAAUGAGUUAGGUGAGCUUGCGGCUAAGAAGAUUUUGGAACUGAACCCGAGUGACGUGUCUUCAUAUGUGAUGGUGUCAAAUUGUCAUUCGGCUGGUGAGAGAUGGCAGAGUGUUUUGAGCGUACGGCAGGAGAUGAAGGAGAAGAAGAUGAAACGGGUUCCCGGUUGCAGUUGGAUUGAAGUUGGAUGUGAGAUUCAUGUGUUUGUUAACGGGGAUCGGAGAUCCGGUCAGCAGGAUGAAAUUCAUGGGGUUUUGAGGUGCUUGUUUGAUCAUGCAGCGGAGUGUGGUUCAAGUUUAAGCUUAGUAGUUUAAAUCAACCAUAACCAUUGUUGUAUAAUUUAACAACACCAGAGAAAUCAAAAUCAAGAACUCACAGAUCAAUCAACUAUUUGCUCUCUUAUUCAA